UUGUUAAAACAAUGUUGCUAAAAGAAAUUUUUCCAUUUUCAUAUUUCCACUCCUCACGUUAGGCGUUCCCUCUAAAUCUCCCUUCCUCACCUCAUACCACAAGGUUCGACUAUUACGUGCUUCCUCUGAAUCUCCCUUCCUCACAAGCUAUAAAAAAAAGUAGAAAAUGAAGAUCGCAGAGAAAAUACGUUAUGCCGCAAAUGAUCCAAACACGGUGGUGUUCUCCUUUGAGUUCUUCCCACCCAAGACUGAGGAUGGGGUGGACAAUUUGUUUGAGAGGAUGGAUCGCAUGGUGGCUCACAAUCCUUCGUUUUGUGAUAUCACGUGGGGUGCUGGUGGAACCACAGCCGAUCUAACAUUGGAAAUCGCCAACAGGAUGCAGAACAUUGUCUGUGUGGAGACCAUGAUGCACCUUACCUGCACUAACAUGCCUGUUGAGAAGAUAGACCAUGCUCUCCACACCAUCAAGUCCAAUGGCCUCCAAAAUGUACUUGCUCUUCGAGGUGACCCCCCACAUGGCCAGGACAAAUUUGUGCAGGUUGAAGGCGGCUUUGCCUGUGCACGCGAUUUGGUGAAACACAUCAGAGCUAAAUAUGGUGACUACUUUGGCAUUACUGUUGCCGGUUAUCCAGAGGCACAUCCGGAUGUUAUAGGAAGUGAUGGAUUAGCUACAGCAGAAGUUUAUCAAAAAGAUCUUGAAUACCUGAAGAGCAAGGUUGAUGCGGGAGCAGAUGUGAUUGUCACCCAGUUAUUUUAUGAUACGGAUACAUUCCUGAAAUUUGUGAAUGACUGUCGCCAAAUCGGAAUAACUUGUCCCAUUGUACCUGGAAUUAUGCCCAUUAAUAAUUACAAGGGCUUUCUCCGUAUGACUGGGUUUUGUAAAACCAAGAUACCAGCUGACAUUAUGUCUGCUUUAGAGCCUAUCAAGGACAAUGAAGAAGCUGUCAAGUCUUAUGGAGUUCACUUGGGAACUGAAAUGUGCAAAAAGAUUUUAUCUCAUGGAAUUAAGACAUUGCAUCUUUAUACACUAAAUAUGGAGAAAUCAGCAUUAGCAAUACUAAUGAACCUUGGCUUAAUUGAAGAGUCCAAAAUUUCAAGAUCCUUACCAUGGAGACGUCCCACAAAUGUUUUCCGUGUUAAAGAAGAUGUCCGUCCAAUCUUUUGGGCAAAUCGUCCAAAAAGCUACAUAUCACGAACCAUAGGAUGGGAUCAAUAUCCACAUGGGCGUUGGGGUGAUUCCUGUAACCCAUCAUAUGGUGCAUUAACUGAUUAUCAGUUCAUGCGACCACGUGCACGGGACAAGAAGCUUAUUGAAGAAUGGGUAGUUCCCUUGAAAAGCGUUGAAGAUAUAUAUGAGCGGUUUAGAAUGUACUGCAUGGGAAAGUUGAGAACCAACCCUUGGUCAGAAUUAGAUGGUCUUCAGCCAGAGACAAAGAUCAUCAAUGAGCAGCUGGAGAGGAUUAAUGCAAAGGGCUUCCUCACAAUCAAUAGCCAGCCAGCUGUUAAUGGGGAAAAGUCGGAUUCUCCUACUGUAGGCUGGGGUGGACCUGGUGGGUAUGUUUAUCAGAAGGCAUAUGUAGAGUUCUUCUGCUCCAAGGAAAAGCUGGAUACACUUGUUGAUAAAUGCAAGGAUCGAAUCUCUUUAACUUACAUGGCCGUGAAUAAAGAAGGGAGCUGGAGUUCUAAUGUGGGUCAAACUGAUGUUAAUGCUGUGACAUGGGGUGUCUUCCCGGCUAAGGAGAUAAAACAACCGACCAUUGUGGAUCCUGUCAGUUUUAAUGUAUGGAAGGAUGAGGCAUUUGAAAUUUGGUCAAGAGGAUGGGCCAGCUUGUACCCUGAGGGUGAUGCAUCCAGGAAAUUUGUUGAAGAGGUGGGUGGAAGCUACUUCUUGGUNAGUUUGGUGGACAACGAUUACAUCAAUGGUGAUCUUUUUGCGGCCUUUGCAGAUUUCUGACUGAAGCUUCUUAUUUAUUCGUUCUUUACUAAUGUCACUUGGUUGUCAAACGGAUGACAAUAUCCACUUGGUUGCCCUUAAUUUAAAGGAAUGUGAAUAUGCUCUGUUUGUUAAACGGAUGACAAUAUCCAUGUACGGCUGCACGUGAACU